GUCACAAAUUCUUCCUCUUCAUCUGCUCCACUCUUGCCUUUUUUCUUCAUAAAACACUAGUUGCUUUGCAUCAUCGUCUUUUCAUGUCCUUCUUAACUGAGACAGAAAUGGAGAAGGAAAAUGGUGCUUGGUUUGAGGGGUUUCAGGAUGAGGAGCUUGUAAGGGAUCUUCUAGACAAUGACUCGCCUUUCUUUGUGCUGCCUCAGGAGAUGAACGUUCAAGAUAAAUCAAAUUAUGAGGAGGCCGCCAUAAACAGACUUCUCUCAACUAUGUAUUCCGGGCCUAGGAUGGAAGAUAUCGAGAAUGCUUUAUCAUCGGUGACAAACUGGAAUGACCCAAACCAAUCAGUACUUCAACAAGCCAGAAUCUCCAUGCUGGAAAGAGGUUUGAGUGGUAAGAUAGAGAGCAAGUAUAUUUUAAAGAUCAAGUGUUGCGGCAAUGGAAUGGCCGAUGAUGGAUAUAAGUGGAGGAAAUAUGGACAGAAAUCAAUCAAAAACAGUCCAAAUCCCAGGAGCUAUUACAAGUGUACAAACCCAAGAUGCAGUGCAAAGAAACAAGUAGAGAGGUCCAUUGAAGAUCCCGAAACCCUGGUAGUCACCUACGAGGGUCUUCACCUUCACUUCACCUUUCCAAUUUUCGAGGCCCAGCCCAAUAACCAGCUCCCACAGCCCAGCACUCCUCCAAUCAAGAAGCAGAAGAGGGCAAUCCUAGAAGCCCAAUUUCCAACCGAGGAAACCCAGACAAACGCAGACAACAUCAUCAGUACUGACCCACAACAACAACAAGAUGAAAUGACGAAACCACAAGAUUUUGGGCCGCAAGGGUUGCUGGAGGACAUGGUGCCAUUGAUGAUCAGGAAUCCGACGUCGUAUAGUAACGUUCCCUCCCAUUCUUCCUCUUGUUCUUCUUACCUCUCUCGUUCUCCUCCUGCGUCGCCUUCUUCUCUGUCUUGGUCCCCUAAUUACGCUCCAUGUUUUGACGUUGGAAUCAACACUGGGAUUAGGUGAUCAACUACUCGGCAGCUCCCCUUCUUGUGAUGAAUAAUGUGCAUCAACGUCGGUAGUUACAUAUAUAGAGAUUAUUGGUUUAGAAUAUAGUAAAUGUAUAAUU